AUGCCUCACUAUCACAGCUCCUCUGGCUCCAGCAGCGGCGCAGAGAGAGUAUACCACGACUCACGGCGAGAGGAACGCAACCGCAAAGACCCUCGACCGGCACCAAAGCGUGAAGUUGUCAUCAUCCACCACCACACUACCACUCGAGAUGAUCCUGUACGCACAUCUGGCAUGGCCUCCAACAGGUGGAAGUGA